GCGGAUACGUGCGCGCGCGGCUCCAUUGACGAGCGACCGCGGGAAAGUUCUAAAAAAGUCAAAACAAAACAAAAAACCAGUACGAGGCAAAGUCAAAUUUUCAAGCCACAGAACCAGGCGGUGGCAGCCUUUCCGCCACUGCCCAAACUGCAGAAGCAGCUCUGGCGCGGACCAGCUGGGCAUUUGUCAUUUCUUGAGAAGCUGGGAGAGACCAGGAACCUAGAAGAGGGCCUGUACUACUAAAAGUGAGAGAAGUUAGCAGAACUUUUGGCAAUUUCACAGGAUUGGAGAGACAUACAUUGGAGUUCCAAAGAUUUGAUGUGUGUUCACUGUUUCCUUCAGUGUGUGAUAAACCACUGUGAAGGUACAUCACCUUUUCCCUUUUUCUGAGAUGGCUCAAGAUUCAGUAGGCCUUCCUUCUGAUUUUCAGUUUUGGAUGCGCAAGCUUUCUGUAUGGGAUCAGGCAUCCACUUUGGAAACCCAACAAGACACCUGUCUUCACCUGCCUCAGUUCCAGGAGUUCCUGAGGCAGUUGUAUGAAGCCUUGAAAGAGAUGGAUUCAAGUGCAAUUGAAAGAUUCCCCACAGUUGGUCAACUGUUGGCAAAAACUUGCUGGAAUCCUUUUAUCUUAGCAUAUGAUGAAAGCCAAAAAAUUCUAAUAUGGUGCUUGUGUUGUCUGUUUAAGAAAGAUCCACAGAAUUCUGGAGAAUCAAAGCUUAACUCCUGGACACGGGGGUUGUUAUCUCAUAUACUUUCCACCUUCAGAUUUAAUAUAAAAGAAGUUGAUCUUUUUACUCAAGUUCUUGGGUAUGCACCCACAGAUUACUAUCCUGGUUUACUUAAAAAUAUGGUUUUAUCAUUAGUGUCUGAACUCAGAGAGAAUCAUCUUAAUGGAUUUAACACUCAAAGGCGAAUGGCUCCUGAACGAGUAAGGUCCCUGUCACGAGUUUGUGUCCCACUUGUUACUCUGCCAGAUUUUGAACCAUUGGUAGAGGCUCUGCUCACCUACCAUGGACAUGAACCUCAGGAAGUGCUCUGGCCUGAGUUCUGUGAUGCUGUGAAUGAGGCUUUUUUGCUGAAGAAGAUUUCUCUCCCCGCGUCAGCUAUACUCUGCCUCUGGCUUCGGCACCUUCCCAGCCUUGAAAAUACAAUGCUGCAUCUUUUUGAAAAGCUUAUCUCCAGUGAGAGAAAUUUUCUGAGGAGGAUCGAAUGUUUUAUGAAAGACUCAUUGCUGCCUGCAGCUGCCUGCCACCCUGCCAUAUUCAGAGUUAUUGAUGAAAUGUUCAGGUACGCACUCCUGGAAACUGAUGGAGCCCUAGAAGUACUGGCCACUAUCCAAGUGUUUACACGAUGCUUUGUAGAAGCUCUGGAAAAAGAAAACAAGCAGCUGAAGUUUGCAUUCAAGACCUACUUUCCUUAUGCUUCUCCGUCUCUUGUCAUGGUGCUACUCCAACACCCGAAAGAUAUCCCACAGGGACUUUGGCACCAGGCACUGAAACAUAUCUCUGAAAUGCUCAAAGAAGUAGUUGAAGACCAAACUCAUGGGUCCUACGGAGGCCCCUUUGAGAGCUGGUUUUUGUUCGUUCACUUUGGAGGAUGGGCUGACAUGGCGGCUGAGCAGUUACUGACGUCGGAGGCUGAGGCUGAAGCUCCAGAGGCCCUGCUGUGGCUCCUGGCUUUCAGCUGCGGUCCAGGAGCUGGGCAUCAGCAGAGAGUACAGACCAUGGUGGAGGUGAAGGCCGUGCUCAGCCGCCUCAUGAAGCUGCUCAGGAGUCCCAUCCUCUCGGCCAGGGACCUGCAGGCGGCAGCUGGAGAGGGCGGGGAGGGAGCUCCCAGACCGCCUGCCUGUCAGCAGCUGAUCAGGCGCCUCCUCCUGAACUUCCUGCUCUGGGCUCCCGGAGGCCACGCGAUUGCCCGGGAAGUCAUCACGCUCAUGGCUCAGACUGAUGCAAUAAUGCACGAGAUUAUUGGCUUUCUGGACCAGACCUUGUACAGAUGGGACCAUCUUUGUGUGGAAGCCCCUAGGUCGAGAAAACUGGCCAGAGAGCUCCUCGCAGAGCUGCGUGGGCAAGCCUAGCCCAGGCAAGUUAACCAGGGAGGCUACGCGAUGAAGUGGUGGGGCCGCUUCUUAUGGCCUGUUUGUCGCAUGCAUUCCCUCCUUGAGUUGCAAGAAUGAGCCAUAAACGUCUUGGCAAGAUCUGGUAGCACAUAUUUUACAAAAUGAGAAGUCAGGUGCUUUAGCCUGAAUUCAGUGAGAUUUACUCACUAAUGACGGGGUUAUGCUUCAGCGUUCCCUGUGCCUGUUCAGCCCGGAUGUCGAUUAGAGAAUCACUCAAGAAAAGGCUUGGAUGGGAGAACAGAUUUUUAUUUCCUUCCCCGCCCCCCCCCCCCCCCAUCAAACCAAGAUGCACAACUAUUAUUUGGAUGUUUCAAACUCUUUGGACCAAGAAAUUGGUCAUGAACCACUGAUCAAUUUAGAAGGUAACUUAGCUGUUUUCCACAGAUCUCUUUUCUAAGAAGUCCUGUAAUUGUUACUGGUAUUUCGUCUUAUCCACCGGGAUACUCUCUUGCUCCCCUAAGACGUUCUUCAUCCAGGAUAGUCAGGAUCCCUCAAGUUUCCCUCCCGUGCCCCCUGAGCAGAGCCCACCCAAGCCCAGUAGCAAGCAGUGGUGACGGGGUAGCAACACUGCUUAGCAAUGAAAUAAAGCCAGCUUUGGGGCUUUUUGCUUUAUACUGGCUGAGCACUGGCUGUUACCAAAAGAGCUCAUGGUACCUCAAAGGUGGCUGACGGGAGGGUACAGGAUGUGUUCUAGAAACAUUGGAUGAGAUUAUGUGUCAGUUCUCUAUUCACUAAAACGGGAAUUGGAAACUUCUAAUAAAGAAUUGGGGGCUUCCCUGGUGGCACAGUGGUUAAGAAUCCGCCU